AUGUUCAUCUCUCUCGCCUUCGUCACCGGUCUCAUCGCGUCCGCCAAGGCCGCGACGACGCUCACGGGCCAGUACCAGUGCUCGACGCAGGGAAACUACGAGCUGUGCAACAACCAGUGGGGCAUCGACGACGGCACGGGCAGCCAGACGGCGACGCUCGUCAGCACGUCGGGAAACACGAUCACUUGGUCGACGACCUGGACGUGGGCGGACAAUGAGAACGAUGUCAAGACUUACAGCAACGUGUCCCCGACGUCGGGUUUGGGUCAGCAGCUGAGCGCGAUCCAGUCUGCGCCGACUGCGUGGAACUGGGACUACGUGACUGAGUCCACUGGUAUCCGCGCUGAUGUCUCCUACGAUAUUUGGCUCGGCACGACCCCCAACGGCGCCCAGGCCUCUGCCGACUCUUCCUAUGAGAUCAUGAUCUGGCUCUCGGGCCUCGGCGGCAUCCAGCCCGUCGGCUCGCUGCAAACGUCCGGCGUCUCCGUCGCAGGCUACACCUGGAACAUCUGGACGGGCCCCAACUCGAACUGGGAGGUGAUCUCGUUCGUCAGCCAGGACGGCAACAUCAACGACUUCAACGUCGACCUCAACGACUUCUUCAAGUACCUGACCGAGAACGAAGGUGUUUCCUCCAGCCUCUAUUUGCAAGACAUCGAGUCCGGCACGGAGCCCUUCACCGGCUCUGCCGAGCUCUACACCACCUCUUACAGUGUUUCCGUUACUGCUUAAAUGGCCAGGGCUUGCACGGCCUAUGUUGGUAUCAAGCUAAGCAAUAGUGUUGAAAACGUUUCGCAUGUGGGAUUCUGUGUGCCGUUAUUUGUCUUGUUUGCGGGAUUUUUUGGUUGUACAAUGCUCGUUUGGUGUAGAAAUCAAAU